ACGCGACGUCCCAGAGUUCGCGGCCCGUCGUCAGUACGCCGUUCGCGCGCACGUUGCCAGCACCGGCAUCCGUCGAUCAAAGCGGUCGAAGACUCCCGUCAUCGCAGAAAACAAGUCUUCUGAUUUCCCACACCCGCAACGAGAGUCGCGAGUGCGUUUUUGUUUUCGCAAUUUGGCAAUUUUAUUCCCUCGCCAAAUAUUACUCGCUGACAAUUAUCGUCGAUAUUUUGUGACGUCGGUUUUUCGUUAUUUUUAAUUGUUCGUUCAACCCCUGCCGGCGACCAACCCUUCAGGAUUCUCAACCUUCCAUUGCAUCUUUACUCUGAACAAUUCAAAUUCCACGAUGCACGAGAGUCAGAUCGAUACGCGUAGAAAAAGGGUGAGAGAAGAAAGGGCGGUAUUAGAAAAACCGUAAUGACAAAAGCAAGUGGAACAAAAACAACGAACAUCAAUGAAUGAGAGGAAAAAAGAUGUUUCAAAGAAAUACGUCCUUUGCGGUGACGCCCAGGUUUAGCUUCUGCUGAAAAUGUGCCCUGUUGUCGAGUGGGCGUAACGAAGCGAAGCUCCACCGCCAUUUGUCACUGCAUCGCGUUUAUUACAAGAGAGGCACGUGUGCCUCAGCCACAUUUCAACCGCAUCAUUAAGGCGAGUCCCUCUUCCACAAGCGAUCCUCAUCGACGUCCAGCACCGGCUGAUCCUGAGAGGCGAGAAUUUUUCAUCCGUGAACAGCACCUACAGGCGCCUCUAGUAAUGACGUGAAAUAAUGCCCCAGGAAAUUUUCAAGUGGUCCAAAUAUGGAGGAGGCGGAAUGGCUGCUGGAGAACCUGAACUCGUCGAAGCGAUACGGGGCUUUCUCUCUUGAAGCGAAUGCCGGCUCUGCGGCAAUGAACGUGACCCUAAACGUAUCCAGCCUUAACCUUACGCAACAGGAAGAUGGGAUCAACAUAUACUAUUUUUACGAGAAAGAGCAGUUCGCCGUUAUGGGCGGUCUGUUCUUCGCAAUAGUGAUUGGAAACGGGGCUGUACUGGCGGCGCUGCUGCUGACCAGAAGCCGGAAGUCGAGAAUGAACCACUUCAUAAAGCAGCUGGCGAUCGCCGAUCUUCUCGUCGGUCUGAUAAACGUCGGCACGGACAUCGUGUGGCGUUCGACGGUCGACUGGCUGGCCGGAAACCUCGCCUGCAAGCUCAUCAAGUAUUUUCAGGCAGUCGUGACCUACAGCUCGACGUACGUCCUCGUCGCCCUGAGUAUAGACAGGUACGACGCCAUCGCACACCCAAUGAAUUUCACCGGAGGCUGGUUUCGAGCGAAGUGUCUGAUCGCCACAGCCUGGGUUCUCUCCUUCGUCUUCGCCACUCCGGUCGGAAUCCUUUUCAAGCAAGCAGUCGUCAACAACAAAGUUCAGUGCUGGAUCGAGAUGGAGGCAAAUCAAUGGCAAAUUUACAUAUCUUUGGUGAGCGUGACUCUCUUCAUCCUUCCGGCCGUCAUCAUCACGGCCUGCUACACGUGCAUAGUUUGCACAAUAUGGAACAAGAGUAAACAGAUCAUACCGAAAGUACAACGGCCUAAGAUAAACGGCCAUUUCGACGACGAAGAAGUCGCACGACGCGCGAGCAGUCGCGGUCUCAUUCCUCGUGCGAAGAUAAAAUCCGUCAAGAUGACUCUGGUCAUAGUUUUCGUAUUCAUCAUUUGCUGGUGCCCCUACAUAAUAUUCGACCUGCUACAAGUGUUCGAUCACAUACCGAGAACUCAGACCUCCAUCGCUGUCGCCACCUUCAUCCAAAGUCUGGCUCCCCUAAACUCCGCGGCGAACCCGAUAAUCUACUGCGUAUUCUCAUCCCACAUCUGCAGAAACCUGAGGUACUUGCUUAGAAAGCUGCCUCCAGUUCGAUGGAUCCUUGGUGGUCCACGUGUGGGUCGAAUGGGUCAAUCGAGGACUGACACGACGAGCCUGACGGAAGGAGUCCAAAGCACGCGGAUUCGUUCGGUCCAUUCGGUCCACGCUGCGCGUGCCUCGCACAGUUUGCGCACUUCGAACCACAAACUGUAAGGGAGAAAAGCUUCGAGGACGGCGCUUUCGGGCCAAUUGCUUGACGGCCUCGAUAGCUGUCUAGGUUAAAUAUCGCGAUCCUCGACGUUCGGGGUUCCGCUGCUGGGUAAAUGACGGCAAAAAAGUCGAGCAUGCGCCGAGGGAGAAUCGAGGAACUCGAAAGUAUUAAGUGGUAAGACACGUAAUUGACAGGUACGAGAGGUGAGAAGAACGAAAAACGGCGAGGAGUACAUAGGUGUUACAUACGUAUAAGUCGAGAUAUACAUCGGCUGGCGAAUGCACUGUUGUGCGGUAGCCAGUCGAGGUUAAACCGGGGAAAAGUUUUCGCUAUACAUUUAAACAUCUAUACCUAUACCUUAAUGUACCGUAUACAAUGAUAUCUUGAUGAUAAUGAUAGGGAUAACAUGGAUUGAUUUUUAUAUUAUCAUCAUCAUUAAUAUUGACCAUAUAUACGUAUAUUGUAAUGAAACUAUGAUCGUUAAAUGUAUAUUAUUCACUUGUUACAUGUUAUACGUACUUGAUGUAUGUACCUGUGUAACAACGCGGUUAAACCGAAGUAAGAGGAGAGACGUUGAUGUACGAUGAAAUCUCUGUUGAACAGUAUUACUAUAUAAAUAUUACAUAUUGAUCGACUAAUUGAUUAAUCGAUUACGUCGUAGGGCACACAAAAUUGACGACACUACACGGCAUACCUAUAGAUAUAUACAUAUAUAUACCUAUAUAAUAUGGCUUGUAUACUGAAUAUUCAAUUGUGUAUAUGUAUGAUUUAAUUGGAUAAGACAUGUUACUAUCUAAGAUUAAUAAGAUAAGAUGUAUUAUAAUAAGAUAUCAAAUCUGCGUACAUAUUUAUUUUCACUAUGUAUAUAAUAAAUGUAUAUCUUU